AUGAAAGGCUCUCCUCCCCCAACCACAGAACAACAAAAACUCACACAAUACACAUCACACUCGCAACCACCUACCACACAGCAAGAACCCCAAAGAGAUCUCGCCAAACAAUGGCAGCACCCAAUCCAACAACACACACACAAACCACCACAAUCACACAGACCCCAACACUACCAGCAAACACAUAAAACAGGACCACAAUCACAAAAAACCCAACACCACCAGCCACCUACACAAACACAGAAACAGCAAGCAACCCCAACGAAGCCCCACGAAAACCGCGACCCCAGACUCACAGAAGGCACACUGUACACACAGAGAAACACGCAGGUCCCAAAUGCCAGACCCACUUCCUUCCUACCCUACUCCACACCAAAACAGAGCCAUUCAGUGGCGAGUCCUUCUCCUUUUAUCGUGGUGUUGCGAAGCUCUCCAGUACGACUGCCGGCUAUUGCAGUCACAUACGAACCACUUCAGCCCAAUAACUCACGACCAGAAACGCCGUUGCACACCGGUGGCGAACCUCUGAAACUUCGGAAAACGCAGCAGCGAUGA